AGUUCGGGAAAAGCUCUCAAACUGUUCAGAGGUGAUUUUUUUUCGAAAGCCCACCCAUCCCCCAAAACAGAAGCACUCAAAGUUGUCUGAAUACUCAGGGGUUUCUAGUCGUGUGGAAAGUGCAGCAACAAGAAUAAAAUAAGCGCGACCAUCCCCCUAUAACCCUUGUUAGCCAUUUUUGUCACUUUCCCUUAAUCCCUUGCGCUGUUUCGUGUUUUAAUUUAUUUAUAGGAUAUUUUAAAUGGGAGGGUUCUAAAAGCAAAAACCUAAAACACAGAAGCAGUAAAUCGGAUUCCAUUGGUGUGGCUUUUUUCUCUGGUGAAGACGAGAAUUAAGGGUAAAUUUUGAGUAGUGAAAUUUUCAUGAAGGUGCAGACAGAGACACAAGUCGUGGAUUUACAUUUGCGUCACUUCCUAACCACAUUCAGGAAGUAAUCAUGGCCAUUUUUGGGAUCGACAAAAAUGCGAUACAAUCAACCUGUUGAAGUGAGUCACUCAUGUAGCAACAAUAACAAUAAUUUUGUGGAGACAUUGAUCGAAGGAAGGAGCAAUCAAUCAGCAUUCUUCACACCACAACACCUAAUUGAGACCAGAGGAAAUAAUUCCGCCAAUUUGAAUGCAUUCACUGAUAAUUUAUUGGCUGAAGCAGCAACUCUCUUGUGCAAUCACAGAGAAAUUAAUGACAAUGUGAGAAUCCUUCCUGUGGAAACGAGCCAAAAUCACCGUCAUUCCUUCCAGGUGAAAUCACUCGGGGACGGUGAAAUAAAUUACUUGAGACUGGGCUUGCACAAGGUAGAUCAACUUGACGAGGAGGAAGAGGAUUCUGAGGAAAAUUGCAGUUCACGAUUUUCAUGCUCCACAGAAUCUAGCUUAGCAGACAGUUUAAUGGACGAUGGAGGAAAUGAUUUCUCUUCGACACCAUCAAUGAGCUCACCAGAACCAAAUUACACACGUGGGAUUAUCAAUCCGAAUUACCCGGGAUUUCAACACUUGGCACAUACUCUAUCAGAGCACUUUGCCAAUUACAAUUUUGAACAGUUGACGGAUGACAGUGAAAUAUCCGAGGAGUGUGACAAUGAUUUGAGCUUGGGUGGUGGCGUUGACUUUGUGAACAAUUUCAACAAUAACAAUCAUUUUGCGGAAAAUAGCAAUAUUUUGUCAGAGAAUGGGAAUGAUGUGGAGAAGAAUAUAAAUCUCCUCCAGACAUCAGAAUGUAAAAUAUUCUGUGAAGAGAAAAACUUGGCACUGGUGUCAUUUGAAGAGAAAAUAUCAAAUGCAGCGGUUGAUGCCAAAUGGCUGAAGGAUGAGGCUAAGGGAAAUCGAGAUUUACCAACACCAGAUAUCUUGCUCAAGAGUGAGGAUACUCCUGAGGCGGACAAUUUUUGCAUGAAUGACACACCAUCAGAAACAUCGCCACAUGCCAAUUUCCAACCAGAUCUCCUGCGGAAUAUCGAUGGCAGUCGAGAGAUCAAACGGCAGCACCGGGACGUUGAGAUUGUCGGGCAAAUUGAAAUUGAAACGCAGAGUCGACAGGAGGAACAUAUCGUAAAGAGGGAUGAGCCAGACGUGGCUCAGCAGCAAAAGGCACAGAACGGUGUUGGGGAUGUUCAUGUAAAUUGUACUGAUGAAGAGCAUACCGAGGACGAUGAGGGUGAGAUCAAGAAGAUGACAACACCAGUAUGGGGAGCAACGCCAGUUGAUAUUGUUGGGGAUUUUGGUGAGGAAGUUGAGCGUGAAAUUGUACUAAUUGUGUCCGGAUAUAGGAAGAGCACUAGAGGCGUAUCUGAUAGCAAUUUCAACAAUUCAGCUCAAGACACCAAACUCUGUGUAAAGAGUCAACCCAGCGACUCAAAUAUCUCCACAUUGAUUCACAACAAGAUCGCUGAUGCUGAGCUGUCGACAGCUGAGGAAAAGAUCACGAUGCGUAGUUCACUCGUGGAGUUGGAUCGAGGCAGUGAAGUGCAGAGAACACGAUCAUCGUCGAGAUCACUUCUUCCAACGGCAAUCGUCAAACCAAAACAGUCUGAUCAAUUGGAACCUCAAGGAUCUGUGGAAUUCCUCAAGCCCUGGUGUGCUACCCAAAAUGUGAGUAGCACAUCCACCAUCAGGAAGCUCCCCUCCUACGAUCGCAAAAUCCGCCAAGGAACUCAAAAGAUCACAGAUUCGAGUAUUGCUGUCGUGACUCCGAGAAAGAAGGACCCCAUAGAGGGUAUCACAGAGAGAAAAUCCUCAAAGAGUGUUGUAACCAAAUGCGGAAGGAAGAUGGAUGAGACUAGCAUAAAGAAAGAGAACAAAGAUUUAUCAGCUUCCUUCGACAUCUAUAACAUUGAGACAGCACUCCCGAAAAUUGACUUGGAGGCAAUUGAAAACCAUCUGAGGGUGGCCAAGGAGGAGGAGAGACGAAGACGAAAUGACCGGGAGGAAAUUAGAAGAAGACUGGCCAUGGAUGCUGAGGACGAUUAUCUCACGAGACCUCUUCAUAGUGAUAAGCCAGGCAGAAAACCCAGUCUUCAUUCCAGACUGCAAAGUGGGAUGAAUCUGCAAAUAUGCUUCAUGAAUGAAACAGCGUCAGACAAUGAGAGUUUGAGUUCAGACAGUGAGACAUGUCCCAAAUUAUCAGCCCUGUCUCAUGGGAGUCAUUCUAAGGUGAAUGUCGCGAAAAAGAAGUCUCCACCAAAGAUUGUAAGGCCCAAAAUUUCACGUCCACUGAGUCUUCCAUUGGCGAAUGUCGAGGCGGACGAUGAAGAUGCGAAUUUCUUCACACGACAAGCUCAAUUGCAGAUUGAGGCUAGAAUGGCCCUGGCUCAAGCCAAGGAUAUGGCACAUAUGCAAAUGGAGAUCGAGAGACAGCGAUUGAGACAAUCACCCAUCACGGAGAUGAUUCGAAAUUCACUAGAUAAAGUUGGGGUGCAUUUCCCACCGGAGAAGAGGCGCCUCUCGAGAUUCUUCCUCACGGAUCUCAAUAUCGCUCAACUGCAGGUGAUUGUCAAUGAGAUGCACAAUCAAAUUGAACUACUCAAUGAGACCCUCGUGAAAUAUCUCAUGGAGAGGGAUGAGCUCCAUAUGGGACAGGAUUCAAUGCUGGUGGAUAUUGAGGAUUUGACGCGAUACUUUGGCGCCAAAGAAACAUACAGUCUCGAUCCACGUCCUCAGACGAAGAAAAUCCUCAAGAGCUCUCAGAGUCUAUCUCACUAAAUUCUGAUUUUUCUGUGAAUGCGAUUGAACGGAGAAACACCAAAACAACAAUAACAAUUUGUGUUAUCACACUAGUCAAACAAGUGUAAUAUUAGAUAAAAUUACUCUAUUAACUCUCUCUCUCUCAAACUUUCCACACUGAUGAUAUUUAUGAGAAAGGAUUUCCGUAAAGAUGAAAUGAAAAACUAUUUCCCCCAAUGAUAUGGAAUGAAUCAAGCUUUUUGCUUCAGAUACGUAAGAAUUUUUCCCUCAAGUUACAAAAAAAAAGUCAGAUAAACAAGUAAUAAUACUGUACAUAAUGGAAUAUUUAAUCUCUUUCAUAUUAAAAUGAAGAAUAAAAAAAAACAAGAUACAUAUAUCAAAAAGUAUUUAUUGCAAAAACCCCUUCACUGAUGAGAGUUGUAGUGUACAGUGGAGGGACUUUUAGUAUUUGUGUAGCAAUCAGUGUACUACUUAAUUAGUUUUUUCUCAAUCUUGAACAACAAAAGAAAGAAGGAACAAGUGGAAAUGAACCUUAUCAAGAUGCAUCACAGCAUGUAUAUUUUUCUACCCCUUAGUGAUGUUAGUUUUGUUGAGAGUCAUUUAUUUUUUAGGCGGGUUUUAGAUAGAACAGUCGGUGGAUGGGAUUGGGUAGAUUAGGAUGAUUGCAAAAGAAUUGGUGCCAUUUUGUAAAUUUUUAGAACUUUGCGCUAAAUAUUUCAGCAUCUUUUCAUUUGACACUCUGCAUUUUUAGCCUGACAAAAUAUUCCAAACAAAAAAAGACUUCUCAAAAAUCGGUUGAAAAAUUGAAAAAAAUACAACAUUUGCCUUAAAUUCUUAUGCUUUUUGUAUGCGAAGUUUUGUCGAUAAACCCAUUUUAGCUUUUUCAGUGAGAACUAUUGGAAAAAAAAGAUCCAGUGAAAACUGAUAUUUUUCGAAAAGGGGAAAGUAAAGUUAAAAAAACAAAUAAUUCCUCUAUUGUAAUUUAAAAAAUGAGGUAAUAAGUGAAGGAGAAUAUCACUGACAAAACCUUUUUUCCUGAAGAGAAAUUGAGAAUUUAGUGUGGAGUAUUCUUAAUCACAAUCAUGUUGAAUAAAAAAUUCAGUGAAAGAAGAAAUAAAGAAAAAUUGAAAAUAAAAAA